AACUGAGAACCGGAACAGGUUUUGCACAAAAUUCAAAGUGCCGUUGUUGCUUGUUUUCUGGUGGAUAUAAUGUUUGGUCAAAAAUGAGGUUUAUUUAGAUAUUAUAGAAGAAAACCAAUGAUGAGUGAAACAGAGGGAAAGCGUUCACGUCGGCGGAGGUCAAUCCGGCUUCAUCGUCAGUCCUCUGUUCCCCUUCUCCCAGUUCCAACCGCCAACUGCGAAGACAAUGAGUGUCCCGAGGGUGAUCCCCCAGAGAGCGUCAACAUCACUAAUAUGAAUGUGUCAGUCUUCAGUGCAUCACAGUUAGCACAGGACGAUGAUAAAGGAAGCUUCUGGGUAGAGGUUAAUGAAGAUACACGGCGGACCAGAAAAUCUAGAAGAUCCAACAUUGGGUUUCAAGUGAUCAAAUAUGCAAGCAACAAUGAUAUUGCUGAAUCUACUGAUGCUCCAAGUACUCCAGUGUUGUUUGAUGGCUCAGAAGGUAGUAAAACAAUGGUGGGUUAUGGUCAGUGUGAAAGCCCAGACAUAGAGAUACCCAGACUGCCUUGCUCUGAGGAGCCGUGCGACUUCGCAACACCAACCAUGUACCACACAUUAACUGAACCUGGGAGUCUGGGUAGAUCAGGAACUAAAACUCCUUCUCUUUUGAGUUAUCAUGGUCACAAUGCUUCUCCAUGUGUCCAAACUCCAUCCCAAGAAGUAUUUGAUGGAGGAUUUGAUGAUGCAUUUAUGCUGGGCACGCCAAUCACUCAUCAUCAAGUUGACAAGAGUUGUCCCCCUUCCUGUGAAGACGAUAGCGAGGACAGUUUGCUCAUAGGUACACCUGAUCUUGCAAAGUUUAAUAAAAAUAUUCGCUUCAGGUGCUCUCUGGACUUUUCAGAGCUUGAGCAGACGCCAGUGAAAGGGGAAGACAUUUCUGCAGAUGUCUCUCAAGAUUCAGUUCAUGAGUCACCCAUUGUGGGUUUUGUGUAUGAUAAACUAUCUGCCUCUGAUUUAGUAAGGAGAAAGAGAGCCAAGUCACGUAGUAGCAAUGAGAAAACCAAAAGUGAUUACACAUGGGACCAAACACCAUCAUUUAAGCAUGGUACUCCAAGACGUAUUAUUGACACUAGCAAUAACACAGGUAAACAAGAUGUUCGAGAAGUCAUCUCUAGCAGUCCCGCAGUUGACUCAGACAUGACAGGAAGCUCCUUCAUGUCUGUGGGACAUGUGAAUGUGUCGGUGAGAAGCUACAGGUCGACCUCCACAAGCUCCUCCUACACCAGUUGUGUGGAGGAUGUCCUUAGUCAGCCCAGCACUAACCCCUCUCUCCUGAACUCACCAGCAUAUGCUCCCACUUCAAACCAAGAUGUAAUAGAUUCACCCAGUACUCCUACUCCUUUGUUGGAAGAGUCAAAUCAUGAUGCCAAGUCAACACCAGUAACCCUAGGGAAACAAGACACACUUAACCCUGAAUGUCCAGAUACAAGAGAUCCAGUUUCACCUGGCUCCAUUACAGCCAGUACGGACUGUCCAGGAAGUGAGCAUAUUGUUAGUGUAUCUGAGACUGGGGAAGAUUCAAAGAGCGAAUCAAAUACUGCUCCUGAUGUGCCAGAAAUGGAGCGAACAUCCUCUUAUCCUGAACCUAAAAGCAAGGAGCGAAGCAUUACUUCUGAGGUGUGUGACUUGUUCCGUAAUCUUGCAAAGAAAUUUUCAAGCAGUGGCAAAAAGAGGAGGAAAACAGGCAGCUUGAAGAAGGUCAAGGAACGAGGAAGGGGGAGGAAGAGAGAUGAUGCUGGCACAUCCAGUUCUUCUGCUGAUGUCGUAAGAGGUUCUGAUGUCCUGCCUGGCUUUGCUGAUGUCCUGCCUAGUUCUGCUGAAGAGGCUGAACUAUUCAGUUUCAGGAAGGAUCUCUCAGAGCAGCCAACUCCUGAAAAGAAGCCAGCUGCAAGUGUAUCAAAACAGUCUCUAGACUUCAGUCCAUUCCUAGCACCUGGUCAGAACAGUAUCAUUCCUGAUGAACAAGCUGAGCCACAAUCACCCGUCUGGAAACUCCAGACCAGUGUCACCAGCAGUGAUGUAGUUGUUUGUGAAAAUGCAGCCUCUGUGAAUUCACCAGUACUUGAAGUAACAGUCCUUCAGGAAAAAUGUGUUAAUAUUGAAAAUUGUGAAACAGUGGUUAAUGAACCAGCUCAAAAAAGGCGGGGAAGGCCAAAGCGGAGAUCAUUGGAAACAGCUGUUCUUCACCAAGAAUGUGAAAACUUUCGUGCUAAUGAGCCAGAACAAAACAAAGAGGAAGUAGAAGAAACAUCUGCUCUUCGAAGAAGCAGACGAUCUCGCAGGAGUUCUCUGGAGAUUUUCCGCUACCAGUCACACACUCCUGAUGAUGUUGUUCUAGAAGAUUCACCAAACUCAGACAGCCCAGAAAAGGCUGUACCUGAAGUACAGCCCAAAAAGACAAGGAAUUACAGAAAGGCAGCAGCAGCUUUGGAGGAAAACCUGGAGGAUCUAUACAGAAACAAGAACUAUAAGGCCCCAGGGGAACGCAUGUGGGAGACAUUGUUUGAGUCGCCAGAUAAGACCAAGCAGCCAGAGCUCUUGAUGAGCAGACGCAAGUAUCGGAGAUCCCUUGCAUUUGAAGUCAUCCCCCCUUCCAAGAUGAAGCGCCGUCUCCAGAGGGCAGUGUCUCAGGGCUGGGAUGUUACGGGGAGGAAAAGGAAGCUAGUUCAGAUGGAGGAAGUAAAGAUGAAGAUAGCUGCACUUAGUGCAGAGAUAGAAACAGAUCACAAUAUGAUCACCAUGUAAAGAAGUAAAUAAUAUUUUAUUUUUUCAGGCAUUGUUAGUAUCUUAGUCUUUUAAAAGAGCAUAUGCAUAAAAAAUACUUUGUUUGGUUA